AUGUACGCACAACUCGUAGCUGUACUCACAGCCCUCUCCCUUCUCGCCUACUUCAUCAUCUACCCCAUCUUCACAUACCUCCACGAUGCCAAAGGCCUACGUCGCUACCCCAACUUCCACCCCUUGGCAGGGGUCACAAACCUCCCCUUCGUCCAUGAAGCUGUAAAGGGUUUCCGCUCUCGUACUCUCUAUGAGAUGCACAAGACUCAUCCUGUCAUCCGCACCGGCCCCAACUCUCUCUCCUAUGGCUCUGUUCAAGCCAUCAAGGAUAUCUACGGUCAUGGCACAAAAUGCACAAAGGGCGAGUUCUACCAGACCCUCGCUGGCACGCACUUUCACAUGGCCGAUGUCAUCGACAAGGCUGAUCAUGCUCGCAAGCGUCGUGCUCUCUCUGCGGCGUAUGCCUUGAAGAACCUCGAGAACUGGGAGUUCAAGGUCGCUGAUAAAACAGAGCGCUUUAUUCGCGCUGCUGAUGCUGCUUGUACUUUACCCCUCAAGCAGGGCUUCAGUCGCCCUGACCCUCGGGAUCUCAAGUUUGACUACCGCGCCUUUACCAACUUCUUCACCCUCGAUGCCAUUGCCGACAUUGGUCUCAGUGAGCGUCUCGGUUUCCUAGACCAGGGCCACGAUAGAGUCAAGGCUGAGCGCAUGGACGGAACUAUUCACGAAGUCAACUAUCGCGAGUGUCUUCACUCAACAGCACGUGCCCAGUCUAUUCUCGCCUGGACCGAGAGCUGGUACGACUUUAACGUCAAGAUAUCGAAGUGGUUUUCCAAAGACUUCCGCAAGUGGUGGGACCUCAACGAAGGCUGGAACGACAUUGUGUAUCAUCGCUCGACUCAACGUCUCGAACGAUAUAAGAAAGGAGAGAAGCUACCAGACUUCUUCCAAGCCCUGAUGGAGCAUAGCGAGGCCAACCCUCCCGGCCUCGAAUGGGGAGAGAUCGUUGCUGAAGUUUCCAUCAUGAUGAAUGCUGGUUCUGAUACAACUGCCAUUGCCAUGAACAAUGUCAUGUAUUGGCUUCUCAAGAACCCAUCCUGUAUGGCCAAGCUCCGCGAAGAAGUCGACUCUGUCCUGGAUCCCGAGGAAACCGUUGCUCCUUAUGAUAAAGUCAAGCAUCUUCCCUACCUCCGGGCCUGUCUCGAUGAAUCCCUCCGCAUCACACCACCCACCACCUUUGGCCUUCCUCGCCGAACCCCUCCAGAGGGUUGGAAUAUUCUCGGCGACUAUAUCCCCGGCGAUACAACAGUCUCCAUCUCAGCAUAUGUCACACACCGAGAUCCUAAAAUAUUCCCUGAUCCUGAGUCAUACGUCCCCGAACGAUGGCUCGGAGAAAAGGGCAAGGACCUCCAACCGUACUUUAUCGCCUUCAGCGCCGGCGCUCGUGGGUGCAUCGGUCGAAACAUCAGUUACCUCGAGCAAACUGUCUUAUUGGCUAGUGUUGUACAUCGUUACGAGUGGGCGCUGCCUUACUCACAGUGGGAACCAGAGAGGCGAGAGACGAUGAAUCUUUCGCCUGGACCUAUGCCUCUCAAAGUCUGGCGUCGAGAUCUGGGGAUAGAAGAUAUUACGGAGAAGGAGGGGUAG